CCACAGUGGCUUUAAAUGUCGCAGUGUCAUCAAACCACUCGUGUACUUAAGACUCUUCUCGAGGGCACCGCAGCGGUUUGAUGCGCGGAAGCGGCCGGCCGCCACGGAGCGAGAAGAGCAGGGUCGACAUGCUCUAGAGAAUCCAAAUCCAAAAUUGCACUCGGCCCCCCAUAUGAUUCUGUGUGAGAUGGCACGUUUGCUGCUCAUCGACAGUCGACGCGCAGAUGAUCACGUCCUCGCACAGAUCGCUGUCUGCAUCAUCUGUCACGAAGGGGGAAGGCUCCUUCGUGUACGCCACGUUGUGCUUGGCGCCCCUCUUGCGCUUGGCGGCUGGAGCGGUGUAUUCGCCGUUCAUGUCGCUGUCCCCCUUGCGUUUUCCUCCGACAACUUUUGUCACUGCCUGUCCUGAGGAGUGCUUUUCCAUAGCAUGCCGGAGGAGCUCCUUAAACCCAUAAAUCCCUUGCAUCUCUCCAGCCGGCAUUGUCGAAGGGACGCAUGCGGCGCACUCUAAAGGCUCUCCCAAUCUGUGGCUGUGCUGAGCGGUGAAAUGUCUCCGGAAGCCGGGCCCGAGGGCAC